CUGGGGCCAGGGAGAGAGCCCCGAGGGAGAGGCGCCCGAGCCGGGCCGCGGGAGCAUGUGGGUCCGGAGCGGAGCGCGGGGCGCGCUGCUGCUGGCGCUGCUACUCUGCUGGAACCCGAGGCUGAGCCAAGCAGGUGCUGACGCAGGCAGUGAGGUGCUCCCUGACUCCCUCCCCUCGGUGCCGGAAGAGCCGCUGCCCCACUUCCUGCUGGAGCCACAGGACGCCUACAUCGUGAAGAACCGGCCCGUGGAGCUGCACUGCCGUGCCUCCCCCGCCACGCAGAUCUAUUUCAAGUGCAAUGGCGAGUGGGUAGGCCAGAGCGACCACGUCACACAGGAGGGCCGGGACGAGGCCACUGGCCUGCGGGUGCGAGAUGUGCAGAUCCAGGUGUCCCGGCAGCAGGUGGAAGAGCUCUUCGGGCUGGAGGACUACUGGUGCCAGUGUGUGGCAUGGAGCUCGGCGGGCACCACCAAGAGUCACCGGGCCUACGUCCGCAUCGCCUACCUCCGCAAGAACUUUGACCAGGAGCCCCUGGGCAAGGAAGUGCCCCUGGACCACGAGCUCCUCCUGCAGUGUCGCCCGCCAGAGGGUGUGCCAGUGGCUGAGGUGGAGUGGCUCAAGAACGAGGACGUUAUUGACCCCACCCAGGACACCAACUUCCUGCUCACCAUCGACCACAACCUCAUCAUCCGCCAGGCCCGCCUGUCGGAUACAGCCAACUACACCUGUGUGGCCAAGAACAUCGUGGCCAAGCGCCGGAGCACAACAGCCACUGUCAUCGUCUAUGUGAAUGGCGGCUGGUCCAGCUGGACAGAGUGGUCACCCUGCUCUAACCGGUGUGGCCGUGGCUGGCAGAAACGCACUAGGACCUGUACCAACCCCGCCCCGCUCAACGGAGGUGCCUUCUGCGAGGGUCAGGCCUUUCAGAAGACCGCAUGCACCACUGUAUGUCCAGUGGACGGGGCGUGGACGGAGUGGAGCAAGUGGUCCGCCUGCAGCACCGAGUGUGCCCACUGGCGCAGCCGCGAGUGCAUGGCGCCCCCUCCCCAGAACGGAGGCCGUGACUGCAUUGGACCACUGCUGGACUCCAAGAACUGCACCGACGGGCUGUGCAUGCAGAAUAAGAGAACUCUAAGCGACCCCAAAAGUCACCUCCUGGAGUCCUCAGGUGAUGUGGCGCUGUAUGCAGGCCUCGUGGUGGCCAUCUUCGUGGUGGUGGCGGUCCUCCUGGCAGUGGGAGUGGUGGUAUAUCGCCGCAACUGCCGCGACAUGGACACUGACAUCACUGACUCGUCUGCCGCCCUCACUGGUGGCUUCCACCCAGUCAACUUUAAGACCUCGAGGCCCGGCAACCCACAGCUGCUGCACCCAUCCAUGCCUCCCGACCUGACGGCCAGCGCUGGCAUCUACCGAGGGCCUGUGUACGCCCUGCAGGACUCGGCUGACAAGAUCCCCAUGACCAACUCUCCCUUGCUGGACCCUCUUCCUGGCCUCAAGAUCAAGGUCUACAACUCGAGCACCACCGGCCCCAGGCCUGGCUUGCCUGAUGGGACUGACCUCCUGGGCGUCCUGCCACCCGGCACUUACCCUGGCGAUCUUUCCCGGGACAGCCACUUCCUACACCUGCGCAGUGCCAGCCUCGGGUCCCAGCAGCUCCUGGGCUUGCCCCGAGAGCCCGGCAGCAGUGUCAGCGGCACCUUCGGUUGCCUGGGCGGGAGGCUGAGCAUCCCUGGCACAGGGGUCAGCCUGCUGGUGCCCAAUGGAGCCAUUCCCCAGGGCAAGUUCUAUGAGAUGUACCUGCUUAUCAACAAAGCCGAAAGCACCCUGCCCAUUUCAGAAGGGACCCAGACAGUGCUGAGCCCCUCGGUGACCUGCGGGCCCACAGGUCUCCUGCUGUGCCGCCCCGUCAUCCUCACCGUGCCCCACUGUGCGGAAGUCAGUGCCGGGGACUGGAUCUUCCAGCUCAAGACCCAGGCUCACCAGGGCCACUGGGAGGAGGUGGUGACAUUGGAUGAGGAGACCCUGAAUACCCCCUGCUACUGCCAGCUAGAGGCCAGGUCCUGCCAUAUUCUGUUGGACCAGCUGGGCACCUACGUGUUCACGGGCGAGUCCUACUCCCACUCGGCCAUCAAGCGGCUCCAGCUGGCCAUCUUCGCGCCUGCACUGUGCACCUCGCUGGAGUACAACCUCAGGGUCUACUGCCUGGAGGACACGCCCGUGGCACUGAAGGAAGUACUGGAGCUCGAGCGGACACUGGGUGGCUACCUGGUAGAGGAGCCCAAGCCCCUGAUGUUCAAGGACAGCUACCACAACCUGCGCCUGUCCCUGCAUGACAUCCCCCACGCUCACUGGCGGAGCAAGCUGCUGGCCAAGUACCAGGAAAUCCCCUUCUGUCACAUUUGGAGCGGCAGCCAGAAGGCCUUGCACUGCACCUUCUCCCUGGAGCGGCACAGCCUGGCCUCCUCCGAGCUCACCUGCAAGAUCUGCGUGCGCCAGGUGGAGGGGGAAGGCCAGAUAUUCCAGCUACACACGACGCUGGCUGAGACACCUGCCAGCUCCCUGGAUGCCCUCUGCUCUGCCCCCAGCAGCACCAUCACCACCCAGCUGGGCCCUUACGCCUUCAAGAUCCCAGCGUCCAUCCGACAGAAGAUAUGCAACAGCCUCGAUGCCCCCAACUCACGGGGCAACGAUUGGCGGCUGCUGGCCCAGAAGCUAUCCAUGGACCGGUACCUGAAUUACUUUGCCACCAAAGCGAGCCCCACUGGUGUGAUUCUGGACCUCUGGGAAGCUUUGCAGCAGGAUGACGGGGACCUCAACAGCCUGGCGAGUGCCUUGGAAGAGAUGGGCAAGAGUGAGAUGCUGGUGGCCAUGGCCACUGACGGGGACUGCUGAGUGCCCGGAGUGAGGACUGGCAGAGACAGGCAGGAGACGGAGCAGGGAGGACUGGGACGGCCCCCCAAUGGGGACAUUCAGCCUCAGCUGUGUCUCCCAGCCUUCAGCAGGAGCCGCUCCUCUCCUCCUGCUCCUCCUCUUCCUCCUGCUCCCUGCCAGAACCCAGACCAAGACCAGACCACGACCAGCCUUAGAAAAUCCAUGUGCUCCAUUGCUGGAAGUCCCAGAGACUCUCCUCCCCUGCCAUCUCUCCUGGAUCACAGCCUGUGUGACAGCAGCAGUUAGGGACAGCAGGUGGCCCUCCCUGCAGUCCUCCCACCUUCUCCCUGUGACUUCUGGGUCCCCUUGGUUUUCAUUCCAUUCUUGGUUUGUCCCCAGCUGUUGGUUUCUCCCUCCCUCACUCCAGCCCUCAAAGCUCUCACACCCUUUCCCUCAUGAAAAGUUGAGUACAAUUCCAGAAAACCGCUUUCUCCUGUCCACGGUGAAAAGGAAAAAGAAGGAAAGAAAAAGCUUCAGACUCUAGUGAGGCUCAGAGAAAAGAAAAACACCAAAGCCACAAGGGAAAAGAAAAAACCCAGUUUCUUAGGAAACGCAAAUAAUUUAUUAUCCAAAUAUUUGGAUAAGUCCUUUUUAAGAAAAAAAAAAAAAAAAAAACAGAAAGAAUGAAAAAAAAAGAAAAAACUUUUCCUGUAUGUGGGUGAGAGUUGGCGUGCUCAGGUUCUGGCUAGCAGUGUGUGCAUGUGUGCGUGCAUGUGUGCAAGUGUGUGUUUGGGGGAGAGACUGAGCAAGGUGUGCUUUCUGCUAAUGAAUCCGUCUUGGGCUGAAUUCUGACAAGGCUUCGGUUUCCCCAGCAGGGAGCAGCUAAGACAGGAUUUUAGUCGUGGCACCAAAUCAUCCUCCAAACUCUUAAACUGAGGCUGAAUUGGUAAGGAGAACAGGAGGGAACCCUUUCCUCCCACAGCCACAGGCAGACACACCCCGUGAAUCCAGAUAAAGAGGCUGUCGGGUGGGUAGUGUGGGCACCCAGGAGGGAAGUGGGGGGCAGAACUCAUUCCCCAGCUCUCAUCUGCACCCUCCUCCCUUGUGGCCUAAGCCAUUGUGAAAGUGGCCUUUUUGAAUGGCCAGGGUGGCCAUGGUGGAGGAGGUGACCCCACUUCCCAAGGAUGUUCUAGGGGAUGUGUGAGUGGGGAAGUUUGAGUCCCCAUACCCUCUGAGCCAAUGGCCAUCGCUGGGGCCAGGAUCUCACAGUGGGCACAGAGCCCUCAUCCAAGGCUCCUCCUUGGCACCCAAGAAUGGGAGGUGCCAGAUGCCCCAGGCUCUGGGCACUGGCCCCAAGGGUUAUGCCAGGAGCCCCUGGACACCACUGGGGCCACCUGAGUACCCCUGAUCUUUGAAAGUCUGGUCUUCUGUCCCAGCCAGUGUCUCCAGCCCAUCUUCCCUGUUAUGGGCUCAUAAGGUGGAAGUUGGCCAGGGGCUGCUAAGACCCUGCCAAAAGGUUGGCAGGAAGGCUCCCACCAGGAGAGCUGCUGAUGGAGGCAGGCAAGGAGCGCCAGCUCUGCUACGAAACCGCUGUGUGACCUCAGAUAUACCGCUACCUUCCCUGGGCGUUUGCAUCGGCACCCUUUUCAUGCCCAAGAGGCCCCACAGCUGCUGUCUUGGGCCCUUUGGGUUUUGACAUACCUUUUUCUGUCCUUCCUAAGGGAACCCUAGUAGGCAGAAGUUGGGGUGGCCUGCGAUGCCAUGUCCUCUCCUCUGGCCCCAAGACAGGAGCUCCUGGCAACUGAGGUCCAGCCAGCCAUUUCCAAGGGCUGGGAGCCCAAGACCAUUGGGCUGGAGCCUCCUGUCGGGGUCGCACUGUUCAGCUCCGUAGGAAAAGCCUGGAAAGCACUUUCCAACUCCACUAACCUGCUGAGGUGCUGCCGCAGGGCAGCAGCAGCUCACAGUGCCAGUGGGACCUGGCAGGCAAGCACAGAAGGUUCCGCCUCUUACCUCUGGGUUUGUAUGAGUGCGUGCGUGCGUGUGUGCGUGCGUGCGUGUGUGUGCCCAUGCGUGUGCUUUUAUCCUUGGGCACAUCAGGGCGCCCCCCAGCGUGCACACCUGCUCCACCUGCGUGUGGGGCGUGGCCUCCUCUGUGCCCCCGGAAGCCCCGUGCCUGCUUCACCCGCCCUUCGCCCACAGGGUCCUUGUAUCUCCUACGUGCCUCUCUGCCUCCUUUGGGGCCCAGCCUUCCACUUGGGACCCUCCUCAUCUCCGGGAUGGCCCAGGGCCCCCUGCCUCCACUGAGCUGGGUCCCCUCACAGGUCCUCUGAGAGGAGGUGACCGGGAGUCUGGGUGCGGGGGACAGCUCUGGGGACAAAGGGCUGGACCCUACCUGGGCCACGACAUAGUUAUAUGUCCUAGGGGUGCAGCACUCCAGGGAUGGCCCCAAUCCCACCUCCACUCUGUAAACUACAACCUGUAAAUAACGUUUAGCAUUCCUAUUGUAACAAAAUUAAUUUUUAUGAAAUAAAUUAUAUUUCCUAGUCUAAUAAAAAAAAAUCCAGGC